AUGGAGUGUGGCGAGGGUGUGCAGGUGGUGAAGCUAGGCGAGGGGGAGCGGCGCUACGAGCUGGACGAGGAGGCGCUGCGCCGCGUGCUGCUGCGGGAGGACGUGCGCGGCCUGCCCGUCGUGGUGGUCAGCGUCGCCGGCGCCUACCGCGGCGGCAAGUCCUUCAUACUCGACUUCUUCCUCCGAUACCUCAACGCGCCUCGCUCGAGUCAGGUGAAUGGCGAGUGGUUGGGAAGCGAGGACGAGCCACUGAAAGGGUUUCACUGGCGAGGUGGCGGUGAUCGGGACACCACUGGCAUUAACUUGUGGUCAAAACCUAUUAUUAGCACCCUGCCCAACGGUGAGAAGGUGGCCGUGGUGCUAAUGGACACACAGGGCACCUUCGACUCGGAGACCACGAUCGGCCAGAACUCGACGAUCUUCGCGCUGUCCACCCUCAUCUCGUCCGUGCAGAUCUACAACCUGUCCGGCAACAUCAAGGAGGAUGAUCUACAGCACUUACAGCUGUUCACGGAGUACGGCAAGCUCGCGUGCGCCAUCGAUACUGAAUCCAAGCCGUUCCAGACUCUACUGUUCCUCGUCAGGGAUUGGCCGAACGCCUUCGAGCACCCUUAUGGUUUCCAUGGUGGAUCUACGCUACUCAACAAAAGGUUACAGACAAACACGAAGCAAAAGACAGAGUUACGGGAAGUCCGAGAGCAUAUAAGGUCGUGUUUCGAUAAGGUGAUUUGUUGCCUGAUGCCUCACCCGGGCCUAACUGUAAACAACCAGUUCUUCGCCGGUUGUCUGCGCGACUUAACACCAGACUUCCGAAGAACCCUCUUGGAGCUGGUGCCUUCUUUGUUCGAACCAACACGGCUCAUUCCAAAGAUGGUGUCAGGCCAGGUUAUUCAAUGUCAAGAUUUAUUCGAUUACUUUCAAAAGUACUUGAAUAUCUUUAACAGCGAUGAUUUACCAGAAGCAGUCACAAUUUUAAAGGCGACGGCGGACGCGUGCCUGCUGGCGGCGACGCGCGAGGCGCGCGACCUGUACUCGCAGCACAUGGAGGCGCGCGUGCGCGACGGCGUCAGCGUCAGCAGCGCCACGCUCACUGCCUGGCACGAGGCCGCGCGGGACCUUGCCCUAAAGCGCUUUACAGAGAAGAAGAAACUGGCUGCACAAGCUGACGUCGAUGCUCACCUGGACGCUCUUAAAAUGGAAUUAGUCGCUUGUCAGUCUCAACACAAUCGGGACAAUGAGUUUAAGGUUCAAGAUACGAUGUCCCUCGCUAAGAUUGCUUACGAGGCAGCAGUGAGCCGCGUGUGUGCGGUGCACGCGCGCCUGUGCCUGCACCCGCGGGACAUGGACGACCUGCACGCCGAGGGGCUGCGCCAAGCGCUCGAAAUCUUCGAUGCCGCCAGAGACGUGCCCCAAGGCGAAGAAGAUAUCAAAAAGACUAAUCUGCUUGAAAAUUUAGAGCAGCUUCAUGAGAAUUUGUCGUUGAUCAAUAAUCGGAAUAACUUGAACGCUGUGUGGGAGGGGCGGGACGUGUACGUUCGACGAAUGAAGCUGGACAUGGACCAUACAGGCGUCAGCUCCGAGCGACUCAACUCUCAGCAUCAAGACGCAUUGAAAAAGGCUAAAACUGCCUUCUACAGUAUGAGAAGCCGCCCCACUCAGCAUGAAAACGACGUGUUUCUUGAACGUCUUCUACAAGAAAUUUCCACCAGCUUUAUGGAUUUGGAUAAAGCUAAUGAAUACAGCAACAUGGUUGCAAUGCAGGCGGCUGAAAACUCGUAUAAUAACAUUAUAACGGCGGCGUGGGGUCCGCAGACCUGCUGCUUCCAUCCGCGCGCGCUGGAGGACUUGCACAAGCAAGCUGUGAAUGACGUGAUGGCUCAGAUCCUCGCUAAACGACCUGAGCGCGAUACCACAGAAUUUAAGACCGCAGUCAAUCAGGCAAGUGAAUCUACUUUCUAA